AUGUCCACUGCCAGUCAGGUGGAGAGAGCUGUGCUGGAGGAGGAAUUCAACUGGCUGCUGAAGGAAGAAGUCCAUGCUGUCCUGAAGCAGCUGCAGGAUGUCCUGAAGGAGGCGUCUCGACGUUUCUCUAUGCCCACUCCGGGCCUGGAACCUCAGCUCAAGCAGGAGAACUUCAUCCUCGGCAGCUCAACCAUGGAUCAGGUGAAGGGGGUGCUGACGCUGCAGGGAGAGGUUCUGACACAAGCGGACAUCAAUCUGAAGAUUGCAAAGAGCAGCCAGGUCCUGCACUUCCAGUUCAGAGAAGACAAGCAGUGGAAACUGCAGCAGAUCCAGGAUGCCAGGAACCAUGUGAAUCAGGCUCUGCAGCUGCUCUGCAGCCACGAUGAGAGCUACCAGUUCAAGACCGGGGCUGAGGUCAACAAGCUCAUGGAUGCAGUGAUGCUGCAGCUGACACGAGCACGGAACCGCCUCACCACUCCUGCUUCUUUGACACUUCCAGAACUUGCAACCAGUGGUCUCAUGGUAUGA